CCUCGCCGCUCUCUUCCCUUCCCUUCCCUCCCACUCGCGCGGCGCCUCCUGCCUCCCGAUCAGGUGAGGAGAUGUUGGUGCUGUUCGAGACGCCCGCGGGGUUCGCCCUUUUCAAGGUGCUGGAUGAGGGGAAGCUCAGCAAAGUUGAGGAUCUGUGGAAGGAUUUUGCCUCAUCGGAGUCAGCACGGCAGGUGGUUGAGCUUAAGGCUUUCAACAAGUUUGAGAAUACAUCUGAUGCUCUUUCAGCUGCUACUUUGCUAAUUGAUAGCAAGCCUAGCAAGGGCCUGCGCAAGUUCCUGCAGAAGCACUGCGAUGGUGAAACGUUGGCUGUUGCUGAUUCUAAACUAGGAAAUGCUAUCAAAGAAAAGCUGAAAAUUGACUGCCUUCACAAUAGUGCUGUGAUGGAAUUGAUGAGAGGGCUGAGGAAUCAGUUAACUGAACUUAUGUCUGGACUUGCUCCACAUGACCUGGGUCCGAUGAGCCUUGGACUGUCCCACAGUUUGUCUAGGUAUAAGCUGAAGUUCAGCCCUGAAAAGGUUGAUACAAUGAUCAUUCAGGCCAUUGGAUUGUUGGAUGAUCUUGACAAGGAGCUUAAUACCUAUGCGAUGAGGGUCCGUGAAUGGUACGGUUGGCACUUUCCAGAGCUAACAAAAAUUGUUGCAGAUAAUAUUCAGUAUGCAAAAGCUGUGAAGUUAAUGGGCAGUCGGGCUAAUGCAGCUAACCUUGAUUUCUCUGAGAUAUUGCCGGAAGAGGUGGAAGCGGAGCUAAAGGAGGCAGCUGUGAUAUCCAUGGGCACUGAAGUUAGUGAUAUCGACCUGUUAAACAUCAGGGAGCUGUGUGAUCAAGUCUUAGCUCUUUCUGAGUACAGAGCCCAGCUCUAUGACUACCUAAAAAGUAGGAUGAAUACUAUUGCCCCCAAUUUGACUGCACUUGUUGGUGAACUUGUUGGUGCUCGCCUUAUUGCACAUGGUGGUAGUUUGCUAAAUUUGGCAAAGCAGCCUGGCAGCACAAUUCAGAUACUGGGAGCAGAGAAGGCCUUGUUCAGAGCUUUAAAGACAAAGCAUUCUACGCCAAAGUAUGGUCUCAUCUAUCAUGCAUCAUUAAUAGGCCAGGCUGCUCCAAAGAACAAAGGGAAGAUCUCUCGUUCACUUGCCGCUAAGACUGCGCUUGCCAUAAGAUAUGAUGCUCUUGGUGAUGGCGAAGAUAACUCCAUUGGUCUUGAAAGCCGGGCCAAGCUUGAAACACGGCUUCGAGUCCUUGAGGGUAAAGAACUUGGGAGGUCUGCAGGUUCCACAAAAGGGAAGCCCAAGAUAGAAAUGUAUGAAAAGGACCGUAAGAAGGGUGCUGGGGCUUUAAUUACAUCUGCCAAAACUUACAAUCCAGCAGCAGAUUUAGUUAUCCCUGAAGCAACACCAAAGAAGUCAGAAGUGGCUUCAAAGAAGAGGAAACAUGAGGAGGUAGAGGCUGCACCACCAGCCGAACCUGUGGAGGCGGCUACUGAAGAGGAUAGAGAGCCGGAGAACGAGAAGUCAAAGAAAAAGAAGAAGUCCAAGGACACAGGGGAGUCUCCAGCAGUUGGUGCUGAUGGUGGCGAGAAGAAGAAAAAGAAGAACAAGGAGACUGAGGAACCUCCUUCAGCUGAUGCAGAUGGUGAGAAGAAGAAAAAGAAGAAAUCCAAGGACCAGGACGCCCCGAUGGAAACUGAUGAGUCAAGUAAGAAGGACAAGAAGAAAAAGAAGAAAAAGCACGCCCACGAAUGAGUAAUUCAAAAAAUGGCCAAGCUUGUGCUGUACUAUCUCAAAAAUUUUGGUAGCCUCGAUUCGAGACUUGCUGUUAUGUAGAAUGGAACAACGCGUUAGGAUAGGCGCAAUGAGUCUACAUCCCCAAAGCUUGGAAGAACAUGAAGUGUUGAAUCUUAUGUUCUUCACAUCUAUAAUGGCUGGGAGGUUCAUUUUGUGUUAAGUAUGUUUGAAGGGCAUGCAAUCUUAGAUAUCAGUGAUAUCUUCUCUGCA